CAAUGGCCGUGGAGAACCCGAGUGUCCCCCCCGCCGCCGCCGCGUCCCCCCCCAGCCCGCACGCCGCCCCCCCACCUCCCGAGGGCGGGGGCUGCAGCCUCCCCCGGGCACCGCCGCUCCACGUUCAGCACGGCCCGGACGAAAGGGAAGAUGGGGAACUGGAGGAGGGCGAGCUGGAGGAUGAUGGUGCUGAGGAAACCCCGGAGCCACGGCCCACACGGAGCCGCAGGGAGAAGGGAGAGCGGCACGGCAGCGACUCGGAUGGGGAGCGGUCGCAUCGGCGCGGCAAGAGAAAACGGCGUAAGGAGCGUGAGAAGGAGAAGAGGAGAGCCAAAAAGAAGAGGAAAUCCAAGCACAAGCGACACGCCUCGUCCAGUGAUGAUUUCUCAGAUGACAGCGAUGACUCCGACUUCAGCCCUGGAGAGAAGGGGGGGCACCGCCGGUACCGGGACUACAGCCCCCCCUACGUCCCCGUGAGUACUGGGAGAAUGGUGUGCAGGCCUCAAAAAUGGGGAAAUUGGGGGAUUUUGUCAUUAAAAGGGUUUCAGAGCUGUUCCCAAUGGGAUCUCAGCAGAGCUCCCAGUGGGAUCCCAAAACUGCUCCCAUUGGGAUCUCACCACCGUUCCCAAUGGGGCUUUCAACACCAUUCCCAAUGGGAUCCCAGCACUGUUCCCAUUGGGAUUCCAUCACCACUCCCAUUGGGAUCCCAGCACAGUUCCCAAUGGGGUCUCACAUUCAUUCCCAAUUGGAUCCCAGUCCCAUUCCCAAUUGGAUCCCACUACCAUUACCAAUGGGAUCCCACUACCAUUCCCAAUGGGAUCCCAUCUCCACUGCCCCAAUUUUGGGCUGAAAUCAAUCAGAAUCUGCCAAGUGAUGCCUCCAUUCCUUUCCUAGGUGGUCGUGGCCGUGGCCGUGGGUUCCGGGGUCGGGGUCGGGGCUGCAUGAGGGGAGGCCGAGGAAUGGGACGGGGAAACCGUGGUCGGGGCCGAGGGGAUCACAUGGAGGAUGAGGAGGAGAUGUACGAAGAGGAGAUGGAGUACGGUGACCCCGAGGAUCCCGGUGGCCCCGAUGAUGACUACGAGGACUACAGCAGCAAGGAGCCUGGCCAGUACCGCCGCAACAAGGACGGGCGCGGGCGCGGCUUAAAUCGGGGUCGUGGCCGGGGUCCCAGGGGCAGAGGGAACAAAGGGAUGGGCCGAGGCCGUGGCCGUGGCAGGAUGGCCAAGGGCAGCGCCAUGAACGACGACGACGAUUACUACGAUGAGGACAUGGAUGGUGGAGGUGGCAAUUACCGCCGCGGGGACCACGACAAAACCCACCCUCCUGCAGACAAGAAGGGCAAAGUCAUCUGCAAAUACUUCGUGGAGGGCCGCUGCACCUGGGGUGAGCACUGCAACUUCAGCCACGACAUUGAGCUGCCAAAAAAGAGAGAACUCUGCAAAUUCUACAUCACUGGGUACUGUGCAAGGGCAGAGAACUGCCCCUACAUGCAUGGUGACUUCCCCUGCAAGCUCUUCCACACCACAGGCAACUGCAUCAAUGGUGAUGACUGCAUGUUCUCCCACGCGCCGCUGACCGAGGAGACACGAGAGCUACUGGACAAGAUGCUCCAAGACGAUGCGGAAGCGGGCGCCGAGGAUGAGAAAGAAGUGGAGGAGUUGAAGAAACAAGGCAUCAACCCGCUUCCCAAACCUCCCCCCGGUGUGGGGCUGCUCCCCACACCCCCCAGGCCCCCUGCUCCCCCCUCUCCCAAUGGAAGAGCCAUGCCUGGAGGUCCCCCCGUGCCCCCCAUGCCCCCUCCAGGGCCACAGAUGCCCCCCCCGAUGCACGAGCCUCUGUCCCCCCAGCAGCAGGAGAUGUAUAAGAAGAUCCCAUCUCUCUUUGAGAUCGUGGUGCGGCCCACGGGGCAGCUGGCUGAGAAACUGGGGGUCAGGCACCCAGGGCCCCCACCACCCCGCUUCCCCGGUCCUGGAGGACCCCCAGGCCCCAUGGGCGGCCCCAUGCACCCCGAUAUGCACCCCGACAUGCACCCCGACAUGCAUCCCGACAUGCACCCCGAUAUGCAUCCCGACAUGCAUCCCGACAUGCACCCCGACAUGCACCCUGACAUGCACCCUGACAUGCACCCCGACAUGCACCCCGACAUGCAUCCCGACAUGCACCCUGACAUGCAUCCCGACAUGCAUCCCGACAUGCAUCCCGACAUGCCCAUGGGGCCGGGCCCCCCCAUGAUGCCCUACAGCCCUGAGGGGUCCCCCCACGGUGCCCUCCUGCCCCCCGGCGCCGCCCCCCCCCAGGGAUACUAUGAUGGAUUCUAUGGACCCCCCCCGGAGGGGAUGGAGAUGGAGCACGGAGCCAUGGGGGGGCCAGGUAUGUGUGCACCAAUUAGGGGCUUUUUAGCCCCGAAUCUGCCUCUCUCACACCUCAUUUUCCCCCACAUCCAUCUCUAUCACCCCUCGUUUCCCCCCAGAUACACCCCUUCACCCUCAUUUCCCCCAAAUCCACCUCUACGACCCCCCCCAGGUGACGCUGCCCUGUGGUACUCCAGCGAUGAGGACGAGGGUGGGAGCGUCUCAUCCAUCCUGCGCACCCUCAGGCAGCAGAGCGGCGCUUUGGGGCCCCCCCACCCGUCUAUGGGGCCGCCCCCCGGUUCCAUGGGGCCGCCCCACACCGCAGACCCCCGGUUGCAGAAAGCAGCAGCGUCAGGGGGUGGGGGGCGACCGGCAGACCCCCGACUGCGGGACCCCCGCUUAGCACGGCACAACAAAACGGAGCCGCCUCACCCUAAAACGGAGGAUUAUCCCAAAACGGACCCUAAUUAUCCCAAAACGGAGACGGAUUAUCCCAAAAUGGAGGCGGAUUAUCCCAAAAUGGAUCCCCACAACCCCAAAGCGGACCCUUCUCACCUCAAAUCCGACCCCCUCCCCAAAUCCCGUCUUCCCGACGACGAGGACGACGCCGACCCCGAGCGUUCCCUACGGGAUCGCCCCGUUGUCAUCCCCCUGGAGCCGCCGCCGGGGCAGCCGCCGCGGGACCCCCGCUGUCACCGGCACCGUUUUGUCCCCCCACCGAGGGACGUCACCCUCACCAAGCCCGCCUUCGCCCGCAUGGUGCUGUGGAGCCCUGAGGAUCUCCUCCCUCUCCCCAUCCCCGUGCAGGACGUCACCGUAACACCCGGCGGUGACCCCAGGCUGCACCGCGCCGACCCCCGCCACCGCGCGGUCCCGACCGAUCCCAACAUCACGACAGAACCUUCUUCCAAGCUGCCAGAUUUCGAGCUGUUAUCCCGAAUCCUACAGACGGUGAGCGCGGGCGGCGGUGACAAAAUAGGUGACACAACAGGUGACAAACAACCCGGUGACAAAACCACCGGGCCGGGUGACGCGUUCCCCGUUCCCGCUGACAAACCCACGGGUGCUGGUGACAAACCUACCGAUAAACCGGGCGGCACCGAACGCCCCAGCGACCCCCGUGUGCGCAAACCCCCGUCGGACCCCCGGCUGCAAAAAGCUGCAGCCAAACCCCCAGAGCUCGGUGAGUUGGGUGACGAUGCGGGCGAUGGUGCGGGUGAUGCCGGGACCCCCUUGGCACCCUACGACCCGCGGCUGAGCCGUGGCGCGGCGCAGAGCCGCGUGCUGAGCGCCAUCAGUCUGUACGACCCGCGGGCACCGCCGGUUGGUGACGGCGUGGGGGGACGUGGGAAGGAUCAGCCCUACAGUCGCCGAUCGCCGCUGGCGGAACCGGCGCAGGAUCGUUACAACAGCUACAACAGACCACGGCCGAGGGGCACGGCUGGGAACAGUGGGAGCAGUGGGGCGGCCCCGGAGGGCACGGAGCAGGAUGAGACGGACAGCACUGCGUCACUCAAGGAUGUCUUCAAGGGUUUUGACCCCACGGCAUCACCUUUUGGGCAGUAGUGGUGGUUGUCGGGCUGUGAUGGGGGUUGUUGGGCUGUGAUGGAGGUUGUCGGGCUGUGAUGGAGGUUGUCGGGCUGGAGUGCUGGCUGUUGGGGUGGAGUGGCAGUUGUUGGGUCCUGAUGGGGGUUGUUGGGCCCUAAUGGCAGCUGUUGGGCUGUGAUAGGGUUUGUUGGGCCCUAAUGGGGGCUGUUGGGCUGUAAUGGCGGCUGUUGGGCUGUAAUGUGGGUUGUUGGGCCCUAAUGGGGGUUGUUGGGCUGUAAUGGCGGCUGUUGGGCCCUAAUGAGGGUUGUUGGGCCCUAAUGGGGGUUGUUGGGUUGUAAUGGCGGUUGUUGGGUUGUAAUGGGGGUUGUUGGGCUGUAAUGAGGGCUGUUGGGCUGGAGUGGGGAUUGUUGGGCUGUAAUGGCAGCUGUUGGGUUGUAAUGAGGGUUGUUGAGCCGUAAUGGGGGCUGUUGGGCUGUAAUGGGGGUUGUUGGGCUGGAGUGGGGAUUGUUGGGCUCUAAUGGGGGUUGUUGGGUUGUAAUGGCAGCUGUUGGGCCCUAAUGAGGGUUGUUGGGCUGUAAUGGCGGCUGUUGGGCUGUAAUGAGGGUUGUUGGGCCCUAAUGGGGGUUGUUGGGCUGUGAUGGGGUUUGUUGGGCUCUAAUGGCGGCUGUUGGGCUGUGAUGGUGUUUGUUGAGCCCUAAUGGCAGCUGUUGGGCCCUAAUGGGGGUUGUUGGGCCCUAAUGGGGGUUGUUGGGCCCUAAUGGCGGCUGUUGGGCUGUAAUGGUGGCUGUUGGGCUGGAGUAGGGGCUGUUGGGUUGUAAUGAGGGUUGUUGGGCCCUAAUGGGGGCUGUUGGGCUGUGAUGGGGUUGUUGGGCUGGAGUGGGAAUUGUUGGGUUCUAAUGGCGGUUGUUGGGCUGUAAUGGCAGCUGUUGGGCUGUAAUGGGGGUUGUUGGGCCCUAAUGGGGGUUGUUGGGCUGUAAUGGCAGCUGUUGGGCUGUAAUGAGGGCUGUUGGGCCCUAAUGGGGGUUGGGUUGUUAGGAGGGUUGUUGGGCUGUAAUGAGGGCUGUUGGGCUGUAAUGAGGGCUGUUGGGCUGGAGUGGGGAUUGUUGGGCUAUAAUGGGGGUUGUUGGGCCUUAAUGGGGAUUGUUGGGUUGUUAGGAGGGUUGUUGGGCUGUA